AUGCCUACCCCUCCUCGAGCUAUUGAAGCGUCCGGCCGCAAUAUCCGCCAAACAUUCGCUCGAUCCCUCCCAAAUGCAAGCUCUCUUGCUGAAGAGUCGCUGGCUCGAGAUUUGCAAGAAGCCUCUGACGAUGAGGGCCUCGAGACUGAGACCGACGAGGACUCUGACACUGAGACAUUACGGCCAUCUGCAACUGCUCCCAGCCAUGGCUUCGCAGUAUCUUAUCGCCGUCCGAGUUUCACAGGCGCAGGCAAUAGGUCCAUUUUCUACUCUCGCGGCAAUCCAGACAAGCUCACAAAGGAAGAAAGACAAAGAGCCUUGGAAGAGGAAACAAGUCUCUUGCGAGACAACAGAUUGAUUCCACCGAAACAUCCCGAGCGCGAUACACGAAGCAAAUUCUUGGGUAUACCACGGAGAACAAGCGCACCUACCGAGACCUCCGCACUCUUACCAGGAGGGGCCACAGAUCCGUCGCGACCUUAUGGUGGUGCUGCAGAUGAUCCGGCUAAGAUAUCGAAAACGUGGAAUGAAGCAAUUGAAGCUGGACGGAUACAAACGACAUGGCAACGCGAGGCAAAAGUCCUGGCACGCUAUGCAUUGCCUCUUAUGGUCACGUUCAUUCUGCAGUAUAGCUUGACUGUAGCCAGCAUUUUCACUGUUGGUCAUAUUGGGACUGCUGAACUCGGUGCGGUCAGUCUGGCAUCAAUGACUGCCAAUAUUACUGGUUAUGCUAUAUAUCAAGGCCUAGCAACGAGUCUCGACACUCUUUGCGCUCAAGCUUAUGGAUCUGGGCGUAAAAAGCUUGUCGGCCUCCAAAUGCAAAGGAUGACCUAUUUCUUGUGGUUACUCACAAUCCCUAUUGGCAUUAUCUGGUUGCUCGCUGACAGGAUUCUUCAGCUUAUUGUGCCUGAGAAGGAGGUGGCACACCUCGCAGGUUUGUAUUUGAAGAUUGUUCUCGCGGGUGCACCAGGCUAUGCUACUUUCGAGGCUGGGAAACGUUAUGUUCAAGCCCAAGGUCUCUUUAGUGCCUCGCUCUACGUCCUCUUGUUUUGUGCUCCGUUCAAUGCCUUUAUGAACUGGCUUUUCGUCUGGCACCUGAAUCUGGGCUUUGCAGGCGCACCUCUAGCCGUGGCCAUCACCGACAACCUGUUGCCAAUAGGCCUCUUCCUCUAUGUCCGUUUCUUUAGCAAAUCUGGCAUGUCUUGCUGGAACGGCUUUACCCGCAAGGCCUUCUCGAACUGGGGACCCAUGAUCAAGCUCGCCUUGCCAGGUGUGGUAAUGGUCGAAGCUGAGAUGAUCGCCUUCGAGGUAUUGACCUUCGCCGCAUCACUUUUUGGAACCACAACUCUUGCCGCACAAUCAGUUCUUGCAACUCUCACGAGCAUAACUUACCAGAUCCCCUUCCCACUCUCCAUCGCUGGCUCAACACGCGUUGCUAAUCUGAUUGGUGCCACUCUACCAGAAGCCGCACGAGUGAGCACAAGAGUCACGUUCGUCGCCGCGACAGUGGUCGGUAUUCUCAACGUCACACUUCUCUCCGUUCUGCGAGACAAGAUACCAUGGCUUUUCACGUCCGACUCCGACGUCAUCGAUAUUGUCUCCAAGAUUCUUCCUCUCUGCGCCGCCUUCCAACUCUUCGACGCUCUCGCAGCGUCUUGCAAUGGUAUUCUUCGUGGGCUCGGACGGCAAGAAUUUGGUGGAUAUGUGCAACUAUUUUGCUACUAUGUCAUCGCCAUGCCUGUCAGUUUCGGUACUGCCUUUGGACUGAAAUGGGGUAUCUGGGGAUUGUGGUCAGGUGUUGCUAUCGCGCUUGGCAUAGUGGCUGCGAUUGAGUUUACAUACUUGUAUGGAUUUUUGGACUGGAAUAGGAGUGUGGAAGAAGCGAAGCUGCGGAAUUUGCAGGAUUGA